AUGGAAUGGGAUGAACUGGCAAAUUUACUGAACGUGGUGACGAUUGGGGAUGAUGAUGACAAAUGGGGGUGGCGUGGGGGAGAAAACAAUGUCUUCUCAGUAAAGAACGUGAAAGAGUCUCUUAUUAGCAAUAAUGAUUAUACCAACAGGUAUGUGGUUAAGUGGUGUAAAUGGAUACCGAAAAAAUGUAAUAUGUUCAUAUGGAGGACUGCCAUGGAUCGGAUUCCAACGAAGGAGGCUCUUAGGGUUAGAGGUUGUGGAAGUGGGGACUUUACAUGUGUUUUCUGUGGGGAAGGGCUGGAAACGACCACUCAUUUGUUCUGCGAAUGUAUUGUUGCUGCGAGAGUAUGGCACUUCAUUAGUGGGUGGUGCAGAACGACGCCUUUUUUUGUGUUUAAUUUGAAAGAGAUCCUACAGGUCCAUGAGCAACAAAGAAGAAAGAAAGAGGAGAUUUUGGCCAUCAAAGGUUAG